CUCAGUGAUCCAUGCUCUCGCGGCAGCAGCAGCUGAGGCGCAGCCCGAGUCCAUCCCCUCCUUCUGAUGUGCGUUAUUACAAGCAGGAGUACCCAAUCAAACACCUAUCGCAUCGAUUCUCUCAGCGGCUUCCCAACGCGCGCGGACAAAAUAAGCAAACGGCAGCGCGCGGGCGACAAGUCCGUCCAUCUCCUCUUUUAAGCUUUUUGUCUUUACCCUGGUUUGUUUAUUAUAAAAGAGAUGGACGUCUGAAAGACGGUGGGCACCUGGAGUCUUUGGGAUUUUCACAGAAAUCUAUCGGCGACAGAUGUUUUUUUUUUUUUUUUUUUUGGGCUUUUCAAAUUGUAUGCGGUAAACGUUACUCGGACCGGAUUCCUCAUGGAUAACACGUUUAUUCAAGCGGUCGACUUGCCUGUUGCAGCUUCCAGCGCGGAGUGAGUGAGGAUCGCACUGAGGCACGAGCGGUUUUCCUCCCCACAGUCUCCGUCAUAUCCAGAAGACGCGCGGGGGGGGAGAGAAAGCGGGAAGAGACGGAAAAUCCCGCUUCGUCUUCAUCCUCGUCAGAUCUUGCCGUCUGAUUUUUUGGUUUGAAAACUGCCAAUACAUGUCAGGCGUGUGAAAGCGCCCCGGGUGCCGUGUAUCAGAGCAGAAGCGGAGCAGCUUCUCGGGGCUCCUAAAAAAAAAAAAAAAAAACCCUGAAAGAGAAACAUGCCGCGGAGGAAACAGCAAGCCCCACGGCGCUCGGCAGCAUAUGUGCCAGAGGAGCUAAAGGAGGCUGCCUUACUAGAUGAAGAUGUUGAAGGAGAGGAUUCAGCUGUGGAGGAGGAACCUGCAAUGAAGUAUGUGUGCCAGGACAAGGACUUACUCCUUAAAGACAGGCAAGGCUUCCAUGAUUCUCCACCGGCGGAUUUCUCUAGCCAUGAAAUGGACAGCGAAUCACACCUGAGUGAGUCCAGUGACCGCAUGUCAGACUUUGAGAGUGCCUCAGUAAAGAAUGAAGAAGAUAUUUCAGCCAAGGAGCCCCUCACAUCUCUUUCAUCAACUUCAUCUGUGAUGAUGACGACAACAGCCACGCCAAGCAGUGAGGAGACAACAACUUUAGGCCCAGACAGCCUGGAGCAGAUGAAAGCUAUCUACACUAGCUUCCUGACCAACUCUUACUGGUCAUCGCUGAAUUUGAAUAUGCCUCAGCAAACAGCAGAAAAGCCCCCACGUAGUCACAGUAGUAGCAGCAGCAGUAGCAGCAGCAGCAGUAGCUGUGGUAGUGGUGGUUACGACUGGCACCAGACAGCAGUGGCUAAGACCUUGCAUAAUGUUUCACAGAACCAGAGUAGACUGCUGCACCCAGCAUCUGAGCCAAACCUCUUCAGUACUGUACAGCUUUAUCGGCAGAGCACCAAACUCUAUGGUUCCAUCUUCACUGGUGCAAGCAAGUUCCGCUGCAAAGACUGCAGUGCUGCCUAUGACACUUUGGUUGAGCUCACUGUGCACAUGAAUGAGACGGGCCAUUACAGAGAUGAUAACCAUGAGACAGACAGUGAAGGUACCAAGCGCUGGUCGAAGCCUCGCAAGCGUUCCCUGAUGGAGAUGGAAGGAAAAGAGGAUGCCCAGAAAGUUCUUAAGUGCAUGUACUGUGGCCAUUCAUUUGAGUCACUGCAGGACCUUAGUGUUCACAUGAUAAAGACAAAACACUACCAAAAAGUGCCUCUUAAGGAACCAGUAACUCCUGUGGCAGCCAAGAUUAUCUCUUCAGCUCGUAAAAGAGCCCCCAUUGAACUAGAAUUCCCCAGCUCACCAGAUUCCAAUGGUGGCACCCCCAAGCCUUCUUUGUCUGACCCCAAUGACUUUCUUCAAAAGACCCCCAAUCCCUACAUCACAUCUAACAAUCGGUAUGGACACCAGAAUGGUGCUAGUUAUGCAUGGCAGUUUGAGUCACGGAAAUCCCAGAUUCUGAAGUGCAUGGAGUGUGGAAGCUCACAUGACACACUACAGGAGCUGACAGCCCAUAUGAUGGUCACAGGACACUUCAUCAAGGUUACUAAUUCUGCCAUCAAGAAAGGCAAACCUAUCAUGGAGUCAAUGUCCACAACGGCUCCUAACACCAUAACUACUAAUGAAGAAAAGGUACAGUCAGUGCCACUGGCUGCCACCGCAUUUUCCCCACCACCACCUGCACCUCCUCCCCCUUGUAUCUCCCCUGCCAUCACACCCAUGGAGAUUAAAAAGGAGGAGAAGGAAGUGGAAUGUACCAAGGAGAUAAAUGAUAGCAAAGACAAGAAGGCAACAGACAGUGAGACAGACGAGAAGUUUGAAGUCUCAUCAAAAUAUCCAUAUUUGACAGAGGAAGAUCUUGAAGAAAACCCUAAGGGGGGGUUUGACAUUCUCAAGUCUCUCGAGAAUACAGUAACAUCUGCCAUUAACAAAGCACAGAAUGGCACACCCAGCUGGGGAGGCUACCCCAGUAUUCACGCGGCCUACCAGCUUCCAAACAUUAUGAAACUGUCCCUGCGCAGCUCAGGGAAAAGUUCUCCUCUGAAAUAUAUGUUUUCAGGAGAAGAGAUCCUGUCUUCUAUCAAAAGCCAGCCUCUAAUUUCUCCACCUAGUUGCCAAACAUCCCCUUUGCCCAAAAACAACUUCCACGCCAUGGAGGAGCUAGUCAAAAAAGUCACAGAAAAAGUGGCCAAAGUAGAGGAGAAGAUGAGGGAUCCUGGAGCUAGAUCUUCCCCACUUAGACGUACUACACCCUCCCCUUGCAGUAGCGAUGCAGGGGAAUCUGCCAGAGCGGAGUCCCCAAAGGAAAGAAGAGGAGCCAAAACCCCUGAGACUAAUGGGGGUGGAAACACUCACAAAGAUUCAAAUGGUGAUGCGCUUACAAAAGAGUUUCCGGAGAAUGGUACUGACCAUGUUGUCAAAACCCCUGUGUCUAACUUAUGCAGCAGCACUGCAAUUAUAACCGACCAUCCUCCAGAGCAGCCAUUUGUCAACCCUUUAAGUGCGCUUCAGUCCGUCAUGAAUGUUCACCUAGGAAAAGCUGCCAAACCUGCCCUGCCAUCCCUUGACCCCAUGAGCAUGCUCUUCAAGAUGAGCAACAGCCUGGCAGAAAAGGCAGCUAUAGCUGCCUCCACUCCAUCUCAGACCAAAAAAAACAACGAUCAUCUAGACCGUUACUUCUACCACGUCAACAAUGACCAGCCUAUUGACCUGACCAAAGGCAAGAGUGAUAAGAGCAACUCCCUGAGAUCUGCUGCCCUGUCCUCCUCUACCUCCACUCCCACCUCAAUUUCACCAUCAUCAGCCAUCACCAUGGCAAAAGCCUCAUCUGCUGUGGCUUCCUUCAUGUCCAGCUCGCCUCUGCGCGAAAAUGCCCUGUCCGACAUCUCAGAUAUGCUACGCAACCUCACAGAGAAUCAUGCUUCCAAGUCCUCCACGCCAACGAGUCUUUCAGAGCGCUCAGAUAUAGACGGAUCGACGGCAGAGGAAGCAGAGGAGAUCUCUCCCGCUCAGAAACGAAAGGGUCGGCAGUCCAACUGGAAUCCUCAGCAUCUACUUAUCUUGCAGGCACAGUUUGCCUCCAGUUUGCGGCAAACAGGUGAUGGCAAGUACAUUAUGUCAGACCUUAGUCCACAGGAGCGCAUGCAUAUUUCCCGCUUCACUGGCCUCUCAAUGACAACCAUCAGCCACUGGCUGGCCAACGUCAAAUACCAGCUGAGGCGGACAGGUGGCACAAAGUUCUUGAAAAAUCUAGACUCUGGCCACCCUGUCUUCUUCUGCAGUGACUGUGCAUCACAGAUUCGUUCCCCCUCUACCUACAUCAGCCAUCUUGAGUCACAUCUGGGCUUUCGGCUUAGGGACCUGGCUAAGUUGUCUGGAGAGCAUCUUGUUACCCAGAUCUCACGCCAUAACAAGGGGCUUUGUGAGAAACUGCUUUCAACCCAAGCACAUUCAAUCCCCAACCCCAGCCCUCACUCACAUUCCCCCUCCCCUUCCCCAGAUGAGGAGGCAAAUGGCACCUCAUAUCAGUGUAAACUGUGUAACCGGACUUUUGCCAGCAAGCACGCUGUCAAGCUCCAUCUUAGUAAGACCCAUGGUAAAUCCCCUGAGGACCAUCUUAUGUAUGUUAGUGAACUUGAGAGACCUUAGCGAUGGCCAAGGACAGGAAAGUAAUUAAUGAAGAACUAACUUCACAGCAAACUACUGUUUAGUUUUGGCACAGCAUUUGGAGUUUUUCUCUGGGGAACACUUAUUUGGCCCUAGAGACAUUACUUUUCUGCUUUUUUAUUUCACAAUGAAAAACAAAGAAAAUUAUAACAAAUGAUUUUCUAACUGUGCAGUGCUGAGUGAAGAGGUCACUGGUAAAAUAUGAAGGUAAAUAAAAAUACUUAAAAUGAAGUUGUAUGUAUUUGAAAGUUGUGUAAAUUGAUUUUUCUUUUUUUUAUUAUUAUUAUUUUGCAUCCUUGAGAUGCAAUAAGCUGCAUGCAUUAUUGAACUGGUUUAGUUCAAUAUUUGUUAACUAAAUCUGAGCUUUUCUUUAUCUCUCUCUUUACUUCUCUCUUAUUUUUACACCCCCCACCACCCCCCUUUUUAUGUGACCUAAGUAUGCUGGUAUCAGCAGAAUAAUUUAACCCUCUGAGUACGCCUUAAUGUUUCUAUAUUUACAACCCCCCCACCCCCCACCUCCAAAAACUUAACUAAAAAAUAUAUAUGCAUAAAAAGAGAGAAAUUAAGAGAUUUGAUAUCACCAAGUUUACAUGUAUUUGAGUGGGUUAAAUUCAAGGGUAUUUUAGCUAUCCACUAAAAAUUGCAUUGUCUGAUAGAUCACCCCUUACACAGCUUGCAGUGAAGAAAUAUAUGUGAAUCCAAAAUAGCAGUUUUUAGUUUGCUCAAAUCAGGGGCCUUUAUGAAUUCAGGUCAGUGUAAAAAUAUGUAAAUAAACAAACAAACAAACAAAAAACGUAAACUAAUUUCUGUCUAAAUUAUGCAUCAUUUUAUAUUUUUUAAUUUAAGAUGAGUAUGACUAUCUACUGGUGCACAAUAUAUGAAGACAUUAAUGAAAUUGUUUUGCACAAUAGUUUUAUACAUAUAUUAUUUAAUCAGAAGAUAUGAAAAUGAGAAGAACAAAAAUCACCCUAAAGUUUUAUUUCCACCUUGUGCUCAAAGGGUUAAACGUAUUGACAGUACUUUUUACCAUCAUUUCACUUAAAAAAAAAAAGAUGCUACUUUAUAAUGUAAGGAGGAAUUCCACAAUGUCAUCUUUUUAUUUAUAAACACUCUUGGUUGUUGUUUCACAUUGUAGAAUGCCUUUCGAUUGAAAUCUUUUAUUUUGUUGUUCUGUCUAAUUAUUCCUCCAUAAAGCCACAAUUCAGCUUCAUCAUUUUGGGGAAUAUGAAUGGUAACCAUGGUUACCUUACCUCCAAUUGACAGUUCUGUUAUGUUUUGGCAGUUAAUUUAGUAAAGUAACUGAGAGCUGCCAGUGAAUGGAAAUCUUAUAUGUAAAAUAUUGGCAUGUUAACAGCACAGGCACUGUUAUGCAUUCUGUGCCAUGUUUCUUUUGUUUAUUUUUUAUUAUUGUUGUUGUUGAUAAUGAAGAACACAUUAUAUGACUUCAUAUAACCUUUUUCUACUGCAGCAUUAAAUUGAAAUUGUUUUGGUUUUUAGCAAUAA